UUGCUAUAUUGUUUAACGGUUGACUGUGUUAUAGUGUUUGACAAUCUGCGCCAUAUCCUCAGCGAUGAUGGUGUUUGGCAGCCCCAGUACAUAACCGUCUUCCAGUUCAUAUGGUUCUUUCGUGAUAAGCUGCUUUCCGUGUUCGUUGAAAGCUUGGCUCAUGAGACAUGGAUCAUAGAAAGCCUGAAACAGCGGAACGUCUGCCAGGUUAGGGCCGUGAUGGAGAGGUUAAAGUUGAUACCGGUUCUGCCCCCGUUUAACUGUCUUCGGUACGUGAGCAUGAUCCUAGUGGACAAGCUCAUACAGCUGCAUGCGUAUGCCGAAGGCUACCUGCUUCACCUACAAGGCUUGCUUCACGACGAAGUGAUCUCAGUUUACGUGACAUUGUUGGAACACGACGAUCCGUUGUCCAGACGAGGUGCCUGUCGAGCGCUGGCUGUUCUGAAUGCGAAGCAAGCGGCCAAAGCCAUCCUGUUCGUCAGCAACCACGAUCACAACGUGUUGGUCAGGGACGAAGCCAGAAGGACGCUGAUGACCUUCGGCUUACCGUCAGACUUCAUGAUCAGCUCAGUGCCUGCGCCAAGAAUCUAG